AUGACGGAUCUCGUCCCGCACAUCUACCAUGAGACGCAAGAGCCCGGCUCGAUGCUCUGCGGCCAACACGCGCUCAACAACCUCCUCCAGUCUGCGAUGUACACCGUCGUGGAUCUUGCCGGCAUUGCGCGAGAACUCGAUGCGCUCGAGGCGUCGCAGCUGGACCCGGGAACGCGGUUGAGGGGAGACGACCCGAGAGAAGGGAGCCAGAACUACGACGACAGCGGGUUCUUCAGUGUACAGGUCAUGGAGGAGGCGAUCAAGGUCUUCGGGUUGCGUCUGGUGCGAUGGGGCAGUGAGGAGAUGGCACACGUGCACGACAAGCCCGAGCUCAUCGAAGGCUUCCUGCUCAAUCACCAGCUUCACUGGUUCUCCAUUCGCCGCUUUGGUACACAAGACCGCUUCUACAACCUCGACUCGUGCAUUCCGCAGCCGCAGUGGAUCUCGGCGAUGUACCUCGGUUUGACGCUGCGCGAGGCCGAGCGACAAGGCUACUCGAUCUUCGCUGUCGUCCCCGCACCCGAACUCGGCCAAAUCACCGGCCUUCCCUCCUGUUCUGCCGCCGACCUCGCCCUCUCCCUUCCCCCUCCUCGCGGGGGGAACUCCUACUCGAACGGCUCGACUUCGGCCUCUUUCGCGGGCAACGGCCACACUCUCGCCGGUCCCUCAACCUCCCGUCAAGCAUUCGGCUCCACCUCCUCCUCCGCCUACAAGCCGCCUCUCGCGUCUACCGCCUCCGGCUCCUCCAGUCGCAAGGGCAAGCGCCCAGCCUCGGACGAUGACGACGACGAUGACGACAUCAUCAUCGAGGAACCUUCUGCGAGCGGGAGCGGCAGUGGGCGAUCGUCAGUCGAGCAGGAGAGCGAGAAGAGGCGGAGGAGGAGGAAGAUCGACGGACAGAAUGGUGGAGCGAGCGGGAACGGGGAUGCGAUGGGCGCGAUGAGCGAGGAGGAGAUGAUGGCUGCCGCGAUACGCGAGAGUCUGAGGGUCAGCGGGCAGGGAGGGGGAGGUGGGACUGGAGAGGCGAGUCAGCCACGCAAGGGUCGCGGCGACGUCGACGAGGAAGAAGAGUUCCAGCGCGCCCUGCAGGCCAGUCUCGCCGAGAACGGCGGUGGCGGCGCCAACAGCGACGCAGGCAACGCGACCGAGUCGGAAGCGUCGGGCGACGAGGGCGCGGAAGACAGCCCGUCGAUUGACGAGUUGCGAAGGUUGAGGCUGGCGAGGUUUGGGAUGUGA